AUGGCAUCAGAAAUGGAUUUAUUGUCUUUCCUGAAAAUACGAAAUAUACCUGACAACAUCAUCAACAAACUAAAAGACGAUAAGAUCGACAUCAACAUCAUAGAGGUUAUGACUGAUGAGGAGUUAGGACAGUACAUCGUAAGCUACGGGGACCGACUUGCACUCAGAGCAUUUUGUCGACAAAGAACUGUGGCAAACAAAAUGUCAGCUGAGGCAACAGUGAAGUUCGAUCUUAUGCAGAAAGUAAGAGACAGAUUAGGGGAACAGCGGAAAACUUUUAGCAGUGACAAAGGCCACGGUGCUGGAAAUAAAUACGCAGCCAAAGACACGCGCCGAGUUGAAAUCGGAUGGCUUCACUUUCAUAACGGCACUUAUCAUCAGGUCAGAACAAAAAAUGGAGGUGGCACACGGCACCUAUCUGUUCAGAAAACAGUGACUAUGGGUGACCUACUGGAGAUUGGCAAAGGCUUGUUUUUUCCAAAUGGACAAUCAGCCAAAGGAUCGGUGGAAGACUUCGAGUUUGAUAUUCGUGAUUUUAGUCACAACCCAGUAUCCCCUGAAGCCACAGUGAGCCAGCUGUACGAGCAGAGUAAACUACGACUACUGCGCAUCUACACAAGCUCCCAGGCAAAAAACGUCUCAGUGAUUCUUUCUGAUUCGUCAUCAGACUUCGAGUCCGCAGAUAAGAGGCCAAUGAAGAUUAGGACAAUGCCGAGACAAUCCUUGAGGAAAAAAAACAGAAAUCACUGGAAGACUGGUACCGAUCAUCAAGUGGAUCAUCCAGAGAGAUCCUCUGAUUCAGAGCCAGCACCCAAUGGAUCAAUGCAGGAAUACCAUGAAAGAAGAGGAAACCCAAGCAGGCAAUCAAGACCAGCCCCUGCUGAGAUGAGUAAUGUUGAGAUCCUGCAUCCACCACCAUCUGAUGAUGAUGAUGAUGACAAUCAUAUUUGUCAGUCAACAACCAGGAAUGGAUCUGAAGAUGAGUGUUUAAUGCCUGUGUCAAAUCAAGAUGCAGACCAGUUGUUAAAUGAUAAGUUGGAUCCUCCUUUUGCCCUUGCCAUCCAAGCACCUCUUGAAGACUAUGAAAUACACUUUGGACCUGUUUAUGGUGAUAAUAGUGAUGAUCAAGACUUGACCCUUCCCUGGAAUCCACAUGACUUGAACAGUAUGCAGCAUUCCACACUGAAUGACGGACAUGUAACAUCAAACGACCUUCCAGGAUCAAAACAAUUUGAAAAAGAACUCCUCUCUGUAAAAUUAAGACGAGUAAACAUAGUUGACGAUCUCCUUAAUGUCUUCAUGGAACCCAAAGUAUUGAAUGUUGAUCUAAAAAUUGAGUUCACAAAUGAGAAAGCUGUGGACAGUCAAGGUGUGUCCAGAGAAGCAUACUCUGCGUUCUGGGAACAUUUCUUGGAACAGUGUGAGGGAGAAGAUGAACGAGUACCUAGAUUACGACCAGACUAUUCUGAGAAGGAAUGGCAAGCUGUCGGAAGAGUGUGGUUGAAAGGAUACAUGGACCACAACAUCAUACCAAUCAGACUCUCACCAGCAUUUGUUCUUGCCUGUUGUCACGGAGUUAGUUCAGUGGAUGAAGAACUCUUGAUGAUGUCAUUUGCCAACUUUCUUUCAGUGGAUGAGCGAGCAUCAGUUGCAAAAGCAUUAGAGGGUAGCAUGGACGAAACUGCUGAGGAGGAUUUACUUGAAGUUUUCUCAAGGAUGGGCUCACACUGCCUGCCCUCUAAAGACAACUUAAGGGCUGCCAUCUUAACAAUGGCACACAAAGCUCUUCUUCAAGAGCCAAAGUUCAUAAUUGACUGUUUCUACUCCAGUAUUCACAAUGCUGUGCCAACGCUCAUAACCAAAGACAGCAUUAUGGAACUUUAUGAAUCUAAGAGGCCAACUAACAAGAAAGUGGCCCAGAUGAUAAAGCCAUCAAGUGAAAACCUAAAUCCACAAGAGCAGACAGCUCUUAACCACCUGUUACGAUAUGUGAGAAGCGUCGACCAAAGAAAACUGGAGAUAUUCUUACGCUUCUGCACAGGGUCCACUGUGCUGUGCAAAGACACAAUCGAAGUAACUUUUAAUAGAAUGUGUGGUUUAAGUCGCAGACCUGUAGCACACACAUGUGGAGCAGUUCUUGAGUUGCCAUGCACAUACAGCUCGUACCCUGAGCUUCGUAAAGAGCUUGACAAUGUCCUAUCUGGCGACUGUUUCGCCAUGGAUAUUGUGUAG